AUGAUUGCUGCGAGAGCGCUUCGAAUGGCGGUGCUCCACAGCACACCGCCGCCGCGUCCGCGCCGGGCAAUCCCCCCCGCCGUGCCCUUCUCGCAAACGCCCACGCGCUUCUACAGCCUAGGAGCCCGCACAACACCCCCGAAGCCCUCGACGAGCCCGGAGAACGACUUCGAUGCCGACGACGUGGACGCCGAUACGGCCGGGACAGAAGGCCGGGACGAGGAGCAGGACAAAGAAAUGUCGGCCGAAAAGGUGUUCCGCCGCUUCCUGCGCCAAGGACCGGAGAAGCCGUCCUACGGCAGCGCCGCCGACUUCCUCCGACGCAUCGGCAAGUGCCUCGCCUUCGGCUGCGACGAGACCCAGACGGCCGAGGCGGCGCGCCUCGCCGGCAUCGUCGCCCAGGACUGGGCCGACAUCCAGAUGGGCCAGGGAAACGCCAUCAUCGACCCCGCCGCCGUGCACCGCGACCGAAUCGACCGGUCCAAGAAGGACGCCAGCUGGGAGCCCGACUCGGAGGUCUGGGGGGCCAUCCCGCGGUCGUUCCCCGUGCCGGCGAUCGCAGAGAGGGCCGCCCUGAAGUUCCUGGGGUACCAGCUCGAGGUGGCCGACCCUGGUAUCAGGGCCAAGUGGCAUCAGCUUCAAACGCGGCAGAGGAGGGCGCACAACCUCGGGGGGCAUCCCGCCAUCCGCGUCGUUCUCGUCCCACCCCUCACGAUUCGGAAGAUCAACUGGCCUAAGUAUACUCGCGCGGUGCAGAAUGUUUCUGCUUACACCAGGCUCGAGAGUUUCGAGCAAGUGAACGAUGACUACAGGUUCACUCUCGCCGUGUCGAUAUGGUCUCACAGGACCAAUACGUUGAUCGCGGAAGCGCAUGUCAUCAUGAGGCUCAGACCGUGGCAGCGCGAAAAGGAAAUGAAAUGGUUUGUCCACGAAAUGGGACGCCUCCUCAAUCACGAGUCUUCCGGCAUGGUGGCGCUCUAUCGCAACAUGAACCAGGCGCUUCGCCGAUUAGAGACCCAGACCUGGGACCGGACAGAUGCCGUCGAGGAUUUUGGCAGUGCAGCUUGA